AUGAUUAAAAUUUUUAAAAUAAAAUAUAUAGCUGGAUUAUUAUUUUUAACAUCUAUUUUAUGUAAAAAUUUUACAGAAAAUGAUUUUGUAAAUCUUCAAUUCUUAUUACAUUGUAAUUAUGAACCACAUCAACUUGCUGAUAUAACUGUCUUUAAAUAUAAAUGGUAUAAAAAUGAUGAAGCAAUAACACAUGGAAUUUCAGAUAUAUAUGGAUUUGUUUCAAUGAAAAUUUAUAAAGAAAUUGUUAGAAAUGAAUUAUUAUAUCUUUUUAUAGAGGAUCAAUGUAAUGUUAAGAUACAAGAAAAAUAUAUUUAUAAAAGAAAAAUGUUUAUUGAUCCAUCAUAUUUUACGAAUAUAUAUUCUUUUAAAAAAAAUCCAAUAAAAAAUAAGUUAUUUGGUGUGAUACCAUUGAGUAAUGAAGUGAUUCUUGGACCUUUUGGUUAUCACAUAUUUAGUAUAAAAGCAAAUUAUUUUACAAAUAUACAAUAA